AUGGGACCAUCGCAAUCUCGCGUCGGCGACCCCCGACCGGUUUCGAAGUCUUCGAAAUCCAGCAAGAAGGAUAGUUGGUUCGGAACGUUGCGCGAGACGCGUAAAGGCAUCAAGACCUCGCUAGGCUACAACGGCUCGACCGUUCCCGACGAGAUACCUCCCGAUAACAUCUUCACGCCUAUACAGCAAGACAGCAUUCUUCCGCAGAUACCGAUUGGCCGUCAUCACCCAGUCCCUAGAACGGGCGUGGAGGAUGACGACAAGACAACUCUGCACACGAACAAGUUCUACGCCAAUGCGUUUCUGGGUCAGCAGAACCAGCCUAUUUGGACACAUCCCUACUCGAUAUGGUGGGGCAAGUCGGCAUCGGAUGUGGGAACGGUGCAAACAUGGGGCAUGUGCGUGAGCCAUAUUGAGGAGAAGGAUUUGGUCUUCGAACCGGGACAUCCUGCAAAGGGCUACAUCAAUCCGCUACACAAACAGCAUCUCAUCCUCAGUGCCGUCGAACUCGAUGCUCGCACUACUCUUACCACGGACACUCAUCUCCCUUUCUCCGUCAACAUCAACCUCAACGCGCAUUCCACACCCAAAGAACCUAAAAUUAUCUUCCCUGUUGUUCAAGGCAUGAGCUUCGUCACAGCUGGCUAUCGAGACGCAACGCCCAUGAUACAGACUGGCGGUCGCGGCUUCGUGGACGUGGUGGGACCGAUCAUCAUGGGCCGCACAGUCAAGUAUCGUCUGAAAGACAAGGACGGAGCGUGUUGGGCCAUGUACAUCAAUCCAGUAGCGAGUCUCGACUACGACGCCACGAAGUUCGCCAGAAUCAAUGCCAACACGCUCGUCGGCCCGCCAGCCUUCAAAGGCACGAUCCAAGUAGCGAAGAACCCACUCGGGGCAGAAGGAGAAGCCAUGUAUGACCGAGCCUGUGGAGCCUUCGUAUGCGAAGCCAGACUCACCGCCGUAGUACCAGACGGCAAAGGCAUCUACACGUUUCGAUACACAAAGAUCGGCCACUCACCCUUACUCAUGUUCGCCCUACCGCACCACAUCCAAUCCCUCGACCCCGAGAUGCGAAACCAAAUAACCAACCUGCGCCUGCGCACCACAACCAAAGGCAUAGCAACAGCCAUCUGGGCCGAAAAGCUGACCUUCAUCGAACCCGCCAUCCCCCUAACCAUGCACUUCGGUCCCUGGAACCCCACCAUGAGCGCAAACGCCAAAGUGCGUUAUCCGCCUGAAGUCCUCGCCUUCAUCGCCGCCGUCGCAGAACGCGACCUCCGCCGCGCAAUGACCGAACGCAUACCACAAGACUCCAUGUACUUCGCCGGCAAAGCUCUGUCCAAAUUCGCAACCAUCGUCUGGGUCAUCAAAGACGUGUUGAACCACGAAGCCAUCGCAAACGCCGGGUUGGACAAGUUAAAACAGGAAUUCGCGCGGUAUGUUGAAAACCAACAGCGUAAUCCGCUUUACUACGACGACAGCUGGAAAGGCGUCGUCUCCGCCGCCGGCUUCACAGACCCGAAUGCCGAUUUCGGGAAUACGUAUUACAACGACCAUCAUUUCCACUACGCAUACUUUGUUUACACGGCUGCUGUGAUCGGGUAUUUGGAUCCCGAGUGGUUGAACCAGGGGGAUAACAAGGCGUGGACGAAUAUGUUGGUGAAGGACUAUGCGGAGAGUGAUUACAACGGCCGGGACUACCCUUUCCAACGCGCGUUUGACUGGUGGCAUGGACAUAGUUGGGCGAAGGGGUUGUUUGAGAGUGCGGAUGGGAAGGAUAUGGAGAGUACGGGGGAAGAUGCGUUUUCUUGCUAUGCGGUUAAGAUGUGGGGGAGGGUUAGUGGGGAUGCGAAUAUGGAGAAGAGGGGUGAGUGA